CUGGUUUAGCUGGGCACUCUAAGCAGACUUCCCAGAACACACAUAACUAUUCAUUUUACAUUUCCUUGACCAGAACGUGGUCCCACUUUGCUAUACCUGUUUCCAGGGAGCUUGAAAACCGCAGUAUUUUAUUUGCAUCCAGCUAGACAUCUGAGUUUCGGUAUUAAAAAGGAAGAGUGGAAUGGAUGUUGGCAUAAGCGGAUGUGAUCUUCGUGGUGGCAAGCUAAGUUUUAAAGCUACCCCAAUGGAUGCAGACAGUGAUGUGGCACUGGACAUUCUAAUUACAAAUGUAGUCUGUGUUUUUAGAACAAGAUGCCAUUUGAACUUAAGGAAGAUUGCUUUAGAGGGAGCAAAUGUAAUUUAUAAGCGUGAUGUUGGAAAAGUAUUAAUGAAGCUUAGAAAACCUAGAAUUACAGCUACAAUUUGGUCCUCAGGAAAAAUUAUUUGCACUGGAGCAACAAGUGAAGAAGAAGCUAAAUUUGGUGCCAGACGUUUAGCCCGCAGCUUACAGAAACUAGGUUUUCAGGUAAUAUUUACAGAUUUUAAGGUUGUUAAUGUUUUGGCAGUGUGUAAUAUGCCAUUUGAAAUCCGUUUGCCAGAAUUCACAAAGAACAAUAGACCUCAUGCCAGUUAUGAACCUGAACUCCAUCCUGCCGUGUGCUACCGGAUAAAGUCUCUAAGAGCUACAUUACAGAUUUUUUCAACAGGAAGUAUCACAGUAACAGGACCCAACGUAAAGGCCGUCGCUGCUGCUGUGGAACAGAUUUACCCAUUUGUGUUUGAAAGCAGGAAAGAAAUUUUAUAAUUCUUCAUCAAAUUGGUUAGAAUCUCUAACUAAGCACCUUUUAAAACCUGCUGCACAUUGGACUCAAAAGGAAAACUGGACCAACCGUAAUUGAGGAAAUAGACUCUUUUAUUCGUCCAUGGCUACAGUGUAAGAUCCAGCCCCUUCGGAUUUUAUUUCAAACCUUGCUGUAAUAUAAAAAGGAAGUUUACAAGACAUGACAUUGCUGCUUUUACGAAAAGGACAUUCUAUUUAUUUUCGCAGUAAUUCUCAUGUCCCCAGAAGCAGAGCUGUCACAGUGUGCACUACCUUAAAUUGUUUUAUUGUCGUCAUUGUUAUUUUUUUCCAAUUUGAGCUAAUGUGUUUUAUUUGUGAAUAGUCUUUUACAUUUUUGUAUGCUGAAUAUGGGCACCAAAGAACCUGUAAAAGUUAUCUUUUUCAAUUGAAUGUCCAAAUAAAGUUUGGAAAAGAUCUCUCUUCCAUUCUAUAACAUUUAUUCCCCAUUUUCUAUUUUAACAAAAUAUUGUAUUUCUUUUCUUUUUUUAAUCUAUGCAAGCUGAGACUUUGUCUAAAUGCUUUGGCAUCUUUUUGAAGUAUAUUAGUAUAUAUUGUGUGUGUGAGAAUAUAUAUGUAUAUAUACAUACAUAUAUACAUAUAUAUACACAUAUAUAUAUCACAUGUGUACAGUAUCUUUUAAUGUUCAGUUACCAAAUUUAAAAUAGAUUUUUUUCCUUGCAGAUUAGAAAUAAAAACAUGUAUAUAAACUCAUGGGAACCAGAGUAGAAAUUUAUAGAUAGAGGAUAAUGUUUUACAUUGCUAACUUAAUAUGAUAGAAAAUAUUAAAUGAAACUUUGGAAAGUUAAGAAAUUGUAGUUUUAAGAAGAGAAACCUUUUACCCACUAGAUGUUUAUGAGAAAGAAACUGUGAUGAAUUGUACCUCAUAUGUACCUUUGUUAUUCUGGAAAGACUCAGCCGUAGUGGCAGGAAGAUGACUGAAGUUCUUGACUCAUUAAUCUUAGGUGCCCAGGGCUACACUGAAGAGUCUUGUCAGAAACUCAUAAUUUGCUGUUUAACAAGAAGUGCCCACAAGGUGCCUCUGCGCCACAGUAUAAUUAUAGUACAGUUCAACUUGAAAGCCAUUUGUCACACACGUCUUUCCCCUUGCUGUGUCUUAUUAAAUGGCGCUGCAGUGACUAUUCAGUAUGUGGAACUGCUAUACUUUUCUGAAACGGUGUUUCCCCAGCUCACUCUUGAGUCCUGGGAUGGUAAUACAGGAUCAAGCUGCAGUUGUGCUCUGCCACUUACAUUUAGGAGUUUUAAAGGCAGCUGUGAUUUUACCUAGAAAUAAAGCUGAGUGGAGAGUCACAUUAGCCUUUCAGUAGAAAUGUAAUAGAAACA